UCAGCUGAAGAUCUGAAAGUGAGUUCACUCGAGAGGGUCACCGUGGACGGAGAUGAAGACACUGGAGGAGCCCCCUUACCUGACCGUUGGCACUGACGUGAGCGCCAAAUACAGAGGGGCUUUCUGUGAGGCCAAGAUCAAGACCGCCAAGAGGCUCGUCAAAGCAAAGGUCACCUUCAAACCCAGCUCGUCCACUGCAGAGGUGCACGAUGAACACAUCAGAGGGGUGCUGAAGGUUGGCACUGUGGUGGAAGCCAGGAACCAAGAUGGGAUCUAUCAGGAGGCCACCAUCAACAAACUCACCGACGCUAGUUUGUACACCGUCGUGUUUAAUGACGGUGAUGAGAAGACCCUCAGGCGCUCGUCUCUCUGCCUGAAAGGAGCGCGACACUUCGCUGAGAGUGAGACGCUCGACAGGCUUCCUCUGACGAACCCCGAACACUUCGGCACUCCUGUCAUCGGCAAAAAAGGAAAGCGUGGAGGCCGACGCUCCAAUCCCAUUCAAGAAGAGGAGUCAUCUUCAUCGUCUAGUGAGGAAGAGGAGGGCGAUCAGCAACAAAACGAAGAGCUUUAUGGCAAAGUGGUGUGUGUGGAUGGAGUCGUCACUAGUGACAAAAAGAAAACCACAUGGUAUCCUGCGCUGGUCAUCUCUCCAGACUGUCAUGAAGAUGUGUCGUUGAAGAAAGACAACGUUUUUGUUCGCUCCUUCAAAGAUGGAAAAUUUUACACAGUUUUGCGGAAAGACGUUCGAGUGCUGGAGCAAGAGAAAGCUCCUAAAGCGGACGCAGGACUCAGACCAGCGUUAGAUGCAGCGUGGGAUUUCCAGCGUAACCGCACUGUGCCCAACACGUGGAGGACGGAGGUGAAGGAUGAAAGCUCCAGCAGUGAGGAAGAGGAUGAGGAGGAGGAGGAACAAGAGGAAGAGGCCAGCAGAAAGGAGGAAGAGGAGGAAGUAGAGCCGUUCCCAGAAGAGAAGGACAACUUCCUGCAGCAGCUUUACAAAUUUAUGGAGGAUAGAGGAACUCCUAUCAAUAAGCGACCGGUGCUGGGCUACAGGAAUCUCAAUCUUUUUCAACUCUACAGGCUGGUGCAUAAGCUCGGAGGAUUUAACAACAUCGAGAGCGGAUCUGUCUGGAAGCAGGUGUAUCAGGAUCUGGGCAUCCCCGUGCUCAACUCCGCAGCCGGUUACAACGUCAAAUGUGCCUACAGAAAGUAUCUGUAUGGCUUUGAGGACUUCUGCGCCUCCACGGGAAUCACCUUCCGCAUGGAUCUGCCGUAUAAGACCGAGAAGACGAGCUCAAAGAGCGUGGUGAACGCGGAGGAAACGGCCAGCGGCGGAAACGCUGUCUCUUUAAGCACAUCCAGCGCAGGAGAAGAACAGAAAGCCCUCAAAGAACCAGAGACCUCCAGCACGCAGCAUGUGGUCAAGGAGGAGAACGCAGAAUCCACAGCACCGUGUGAAGAUAAAGCGGACAUCAGCAGCGUAAAUGAGGAGGACGAUAACCACGCUGAUGAAGAGGAGAACGAUACGAAAGAGGAAGCUGAAGAGUGCAUCCCGACAGCGCAGAGUCCCGUCACUGAGAGCGUGAAGGAAGAACUGUGUGAGGAACCCGAUAACAAAGAUCUGUCAGGGGAUGUCAGCAGUCAGGAGUGGGAGGAAGGGGAGGAGUUUGAGUGUUACCCUCCUGGGAUGAAGGUGCAGGUGAGGUAUGGGCGAGGCCGCAAUCAGAAGACGUACGAAGCCACUGUGAAAGAGUCAGACCUGGAGGGGGGAGAGGUGCGCUACCUGGUGCACUACUGUGGCUGGAACAUCAGGUAUGACGAGUGGAUCAAAGCCGAUAAGAUUGUCAGACCAGCCAAUAAGAACGUCCCUAAAAUAAAGCACCGCAAAAAAAUAAAGAAUAAAGCAGAACAAGAAAGAGACCGAAUAGAGAGACUGACAGACAGAGAGGAUCUUCCUUCACCCAAAAAUCGCAUCAACCGAUUGUCCAAACCAAACUCCAGCAGUGAUGCUUUCUCCACGAAGGAGGAGUAUGGCGAUGAAGGAAGCCAGCAGACGCCUGUCAAGCCCAUUGAGAUCACAUCCAUUCUCAACGGCCUCCCAGUGGCUGAGAAAUGGCACACUUCACCUUUAAGCGUACUUGUUUACUACAGGGUUCCCACAAUCAUGGAAAUCUUGCACUGGGAGAGCGGAAGCCCGUCUGAAGCCUUCAAAGCUCCCGUGGUUGCGGACGAGGAGCCGAACGUCCUAGAAACGGGCAAGAGAAAGGGCCAAUUUGAGGUGGAGCUCGAAGGUUCUGGCGGCAGAAGAAAAAAGGCACAAGGUCAAGGUGAACGCGCUUUGAAAAGCCCAGUGAAAGGCAAAACUAGAAGCAGCAGAGGAGGCGAUUGGCUGCCAAGUAGUUCGGCCAAAAAGUUAGAAGAACGAGGCCCGGUGGAGGAUAGAGGCGCUCAAUCGUGUAGCAGCUCUGAAGACGAAGCAGAUCCUCCAACAGAACCACAAACCAAGGAAGAACCAAGAGGAAAUCCCAAAACCAAGGGCUCGCCUUCAAAGAAAUACAACGGAGUGAAGGAGAAGAAUAAAAGCGGGCGUUCGGGAUUCUGGGAGAUCCCGGAGAAAAGAGCCAAAAUAUCCACAGGGAUUGAAGAAAGGUCGCCUGGCUGUCGUACCAAAGGCCAGAAGGACGUGUGGUCCAGUAUCCAAGUUCAGUGGCCCAAGAAGACCCUAAAGGAGCUGUUUUCGGACUCGGAUACCGAGGCGGCCAACUCACCUCCGCCCACCGUAACGGCUCCGGACGAGCCCUGCAUCGAACCCUCCCGGGACGAGGAGAUCGCCGAGGACAAGCUGCAGGAGCAUCCGAGCAGCGGCACCAAUUCGGUCCUCAACACUCCUCCGACUACGCCGGAGUCGCCCGCCGAGGUCCGAGUGCCGUCGCCGCCCGCCAGUCCUCCAGCCGUCUCUUCACCGACAGGAGCUCUGAUGGAGGAGCAGGCCGGGGGGCACAGCGAGUCCGACAGCAGCACGGUGGAGGUGGAGAGCUUGGGUGGAGAAAUCCAGGAGAUUACUCAAGAAGAGGGGGCAGGUUCCCCUUCCAAGGCCUUCGAUGGAAACCUGUCGUGCAACAGUAACAGCAACUGUAGCCUCACGCUAAGCAACUGCAGCCAGCAGGAGACCGAGCAGAAAAAUAAAGGUACGGCUGUGCAAUUAAUCGACAUACAAGCAUCAAAGAAACACAAGCGCAGUCAUAAAAACCUGAGCUUACAUCCCAAGAAGAACCGCAAACCAGCCCACAGCAGUGACAGUGAGGACCAGUGUAUGAGCGAGAGCACUGCCAAAUCCCCCACAUCCAAGAGCAGCAGCGAGCUGAAGCGGACGCCCCCCUCAGGCCACAAGUACCACAAACACGGCGAUCCGGAUCACUCCCACGGCCGGAGCAAGUGGAGCUUCCAGAUGACGGACCUGGAAAAGAUGAGCAGUCUAGAGCGGAUAGCGUUCCUUCAGGAGAAACUGCAGGACAUCAGGAAUCACUACCUCCUGCUCAAAUCUGAGGUGGCCUCCAUCGACAGGAGACGCAAGCGCAUGAAGAAGAAAGAGAGAGAGACAGGCGCAGCGGCGGCCUCGUCCUCGUCUUCAUCCUCGCCGUCCUCCAGCUCUCUGACGGCGGCUGUCAUGCUGACGCUGGCCGAGCCCACAGUGUCCGGCGCGCCGCAGACCUCGGGGCUGUCUGUGGAGUGCAGGUGACAGCAGCGGGACGCCGGCGGCGAGCAGCACAGAGCACUUAACCAGCACCCGGCCCGCCUCGACACCGACGGACACAGCGACGGGACGAAACCAGAGCCACCAGACAGCAACAAGCACUAUUUUAUAUCAACAACUGUUUCCUCGGCAAGCUAAUUGCACUCAAGUGCACUUUCUUUCUGAGAGUUGUGGGUGGGUCGGGUUUGACAACAGGACUAUUUCUGUUUGUUCGUCCGUUCGUUUUACAAACCAAUCCCAUUCAUUUUUGACCAUUAUGAAUAUUUGAUUCUGUCUUUGAAUAUGAAUUCAUCCACAGUGACUGAACACUGUAAUUCACCCUCAGAUCCACCGGUCCCGGGCCGGAGCCGUUAAAGAGGUGGCGGAGUUUAGAAACAUGGGAAUUCACUGACGGUCAGUCGACGCUGCAGUGCCUUACGGUUUGGGCACUCGUGAGGAAUGCUGGGAAACGCUCAGUGCUGGCUAACCUGUAAUCCAGGGGUAGAUGUGUGUUUCAUAACAGAGCCCAAACUCACAUGAAACAGAAUAUCUGCUUUUCUUUUUAAUCAUAACAGGAAUCAAGAGUCUGUUCAGGUCAUAUUUCACCC